AUGAGAAGAAAUUCUUGGAGUUCCUACCGCCUCGGAGUACGGAUGGAUCUUCCGGCGACCGCCUAUUCCGCCGCGACGAAACGAAUUCGCAAGCUAGCUAGGCUGACUGGCUGGCUGGCUUACCUCGCUAACAAUGAUCCUCGAUCUUACGGAUCAACACAUACCAGGAUCGAACGAUUGAUCGGUCGAACCCGUCACGAAAGUGCUGCUCCUCGUCAUCUUUGCUCGGAUUACAUUGUCUUCUUCCCCUACAGAGUCAAGAUGAAACGUUUCUUCAAAGCAAGUCCGGAAAAGGAGAAGAAGAAUGUCACGUUUCCGGUGGCGUCGACCCCGGAUCGCAUCAUCCAGGAAGCCCGCCAGAUUGCCCAGGAUCCUCUGUCAUCGACACCGGUGCGAUCGUCCACCACCAACAACAAUCUCGACGACGACACCGUGCUGCGUUCGGGAAAUCCGUCGCAGAGAUCGUCUUCCAAAAAGAAGAAAAAGCCCGCGACGGUGGAGGAAGAACUCGCACAGGCCAAGGCGCAAAUUGCUCACGAAAAGGCCGGCAAGCGCAAACUUUUCCACUCCCUCGUCAAACUGGCGAACGAACUUCGGCGGGUGCGGACCAAGUCGUCCCCGCUCCUGGCGCAGCGUGAUUUUGAAGAGCAGCCCUGGCAUCAGGGAGGGAUAUGGAGGGCUCCUACACUCUUGCCGGGAGUCCUUCAGGAAAAUGAAAGUCAAAAACGAACCAUGACCCGACGGCCCGCGCUGAGUUUGUCGAGUUUGUUCUUUAAUCUCGUUAUUGUCACCGCCUUGACACGCGUCGGAGUCGUUAUUUCGCAAAUGGGAUACAUCGAUCUACCCCGGGUUUUCUACUUUGCCAUCUUUUGGACCAUCUGGAGUAAACAGGCGUCCUACAAUACCCGCUUUGAUACCUCCGACGUUUCGGCAACCAUUGUCACACUCGUCACGUGCUUUGCGAUUCUGUUUGCCUCCUUGUCAGUCCCGCAGCCACUGGACACGGAGGAUGCCUCGCGCAUCCUGGCCUGUGCCGCCUUUUGUGCGGGACUACACGCGCUCUUGCACGUACGGGUCGCCAUCACCGGAGACCCCUCCAACGCACUCUCGCAACACGUGGCGGCCUACGCGAUGCUCAAUAUUGUCCUCUUUACCGUGGAAAUGGUGCUGUACUUGAUCGCUAUCCUCGUCUUUGAUGUUGCGUAUCACUAUCGAUGGCUCCUGGUCCUGGCCGCGCUUAUCUCGUCGAUGCGCGUGCCCCGGGCUUUUCUAGCCAACGACUUUCACGCUGCCUGCUCCCAGCGAAGCGUCUUGUUCAUUCUACUUUUGGGUUUCCUCUUGCAGAGCGUCGUUGUCGUGGCGAGUGAAUUCUUUUCGUACCAGACACCGAGUCUGCAGGACUACGCCUUUUUGGGCGCCGCUUGCCUACUAUUCUUUUGCAUCAAGCUACUUUACGUUGACGACGACUCGGAUACGUUAGCCGAGGAUCACGCUUUGCUCGUGAACCGGGCCGCUGGUUUCUUUUUCAAUGUGGGCCAAUUCAUGCUCCUCCUGUCCACGACCGUUAUGGGUUCGGGUCUCAACUUGUUGACCCACGAGUACUUAGCGGCGACCGCGGCCUUGCCCGGCCCCUCGAAGCAUUUGGUCUGCGGUGGCUUCGCCGCCUGUUUACUGAGUACCCUUUUCCUCAAAUCCAUGCACCUGAAACGUAUUCCGACGGCUGGCCGGAACAAGGCACUCUUUAUUGCGGCGUACGUCGUUCAGACGUUGGUGUUGCUCACGGUAGCAGGCAUGGGCGCGUACAUGGCGUUCGGCACCCCCUCAGGCUGGUUUGGAUACCUUAUGGAGACGGAUAUGCAACUGCUUUGGGCUCUGGCGGUUGGAGCUCUCUUUGCUGUACUCAUGAGUUGGUUGGACGAAGGUGUGGAUUUGGCGUUGUACGCGUCGAUGGAGGAUGCCCAGGAGUUCCGGAUCCAUCCGUUCGGGUUUUGGUGGUGUCUUAAGCCGGAAAUUUCCCAACAAGAGGUUGAGGAUGCCUUGCUGAGCGAUGAUGGUGAAGGAAGCACGGCUGAGGCACGCAAGGAACAACGAUUGUCCCAAUUGAGUCCCUUGUUGGGUAGUUCCUUGUCAGAUAUGAAGAAUUUGGACUACGACAGUAUUCCCAAGGAAGGCGUGUGA